UUGCCUACGGACUGACAGCCGGCUUAAGGCUGGUUUAGAUUUAUACUUCUACGACAAAUCGACGCCGUAACCUACGCCACGGCCUACACACGUUGUGAGCAUUUAUACUUGUGCGUUGGUGUGUCUGCAUCGCUCUGCAAUUCACCGCCAAACCGCUAGUUGGCGGUGGGGUUUCCAUGCCACUGCGUUGAGUUUCUUCGUGUUGAAACAAAAUGGCGACGGAAACUGAGCGCAUCGUGUUGGAGUUGGAGCUUAUAAAUAUCAAACAACAGUUACUUUUAUUGAAGUUACAGCAACGCAGAAAAGAGAGACGACGUCGGAGGAGAUGGUGUGUACGACCAUUGAACGGAUUGAGACAGAAAGAGGGUGAAUUUGCUGGGCUGAGAGACAUGGAUGAGGAAAUGCAUUUUAAAUAUUUUCGGAUGUCAGUAGGUAGAUUUGAAGAUUUGGUUCAUCGUCUCCAACCAUUUAUUUCACAUCAGUGUACGCACAGUAUGCCGAUAGACAUUGCUGAGAGACUGGCAGUCACCCUUCGAGUUCUGGCUUCAGGUGCAACUCAGCAGGCUGUAGCAGCUAGCUACAAAAUGGCGUCAAGCACAGUGUCCUCCAUAAUUUCGGAGGUCUCUACAGCUUUAUGGAAAGCAUUGCAGCCAGAGUUCCUUCCGUGCCCUUCAGUCGCCCAGUGGGAAGCUAUUGCUGCUGAUUUUUGGCAACUAUGGAACUUUCCGAACUGUGUCGGCAGUGUAGACGGAAAAUACUUGAACAUCAAGGCACCACAGCAUGCCAGGAUCGACUACUACAAGGACGCACACUCCAUUGUCCUGAUGGCUGUCUGCGAUGCCAGAUAUCGGUUUACCAUGGUGGAUGUAGGGGGAUACGGACAGGAAAGUGAGGAGGGCAUCUUCAAGGAGAGCAGAUUUGGUUCUAUGCUGCUUGAACACAAACUGAACCUGCCCCCACCAGCCAAUCUUCCAGGAACAGGAGUCAAAAUCCCGCAUGUAAUCGUUGGUGAUGCUGCGUUCCCCCUACACAACAAUCUCAUGUGUCCCUUUCCAGAGAUGAAUAUGACCAUGGAAAAGCAGAUGUAUAACUACCGUCACUCCAGAGCCAGGCGGGUGGUCGAGAACACAUUAGGCAUUUUGGUGGCAAGGUGGAGAAUCCUCGGUCGCCCACUAGAAUUUCUGCCUGACAAAGCCGUGAACAUUGUCAAAGCUUGUAUCGCUCUACACAACCUCCUGGCCUACACUGAUGAAGCCAACACUCCUGUGAGCAGAUACAUCCCUGCUUAUUUUGCAGACUCAGACGCUACAGGCUCACCUCAGCCAGGCGAGUGGCGAAGAGUGGUGGCCGGGGACACGAAUCUUCUGGAACCUCUAGAUCCUCAUUACCUUUCAAGGCGCCGCUCCACCAGAGCCGCCCUUGGUGUACAGAACGACCUGAUGACCUUCUUUCAAUCACCACAAGGAUUUUUGCCAUGGCAGAACAAAAUAGAGUGUAGUCAGUAAAUUGUAAGGACAUAAAAUAAAUGAACCUAUAAAUAACAUGUAGCUGUUCGAAUAAAAAAAAGCCCUGUUUUAAAGUCAAGAUGAUACUUACUUGCACAACAUUA